AGAUGAAAGAGCUCCCUGAGCGGAGCUCAGUGUGCAGUUGCGCAUCUGGAUGAACCCUAUAGAUCAAUGGUUUCAUCAGCUGAUAAUGACAAGCCGACUAUUGACAUCGGUGUGCCAAAGUUGAAGGCUUGUGAGUCACAACACAUGAUAGCAUCCAACAACAAAUCUGAAAUUCUCACCAUAAUUUGAUGGCACGUACAAUAACGAGUAUGCUAAACGAGCUGUUUGCUUUUACAGCUUCCGAGUAGACAACGAUAAAACAAUUGCGUUUAUAUAUUCAAAGUCGGGCUUCGAGUGUAAAAAGAUUAGUGCAAACCAGUUGUUCAAAAGUAUGUUACCGCGUGAUUAUUGAAACAUACGAGUUCGCUCGCAUCAUCCGUUCUCGAUGUUGUCAGCGACACAUUUAGUUCGUAUGUGCCAUUUGGAAGUAACACAUCGUCACUGUAGCUCGUUGGCGAGACAUGCUCGAAAGUCAUCUAAACAUUUAAUUACCUCAAAUCUUUAUCACCUGCGAUAACGAGCUUUUUAAACGGAAUGUGUGAUAUGACUUGAUUAUCACCAGCUCCUUCCAGACCACAAAUGGGAAAGUAAUGGACUGCGAUAGAAGCAUAUGGAACAUAGAAAGAAUCAUUAUAUGCUGGAAUAUUCUUUAAAUAACAUGCCAUGUGUAGAUGUUUAUAGAUAUAUUAUAAAUUGAAUGAAUAAGAAAAUGAUAGUCUUGUCCUUCUAUUGAUAAACUUCUAACAAAUAUCAGAUCAUUACAAUGGAUGUUGGCAUCGUCAAAAUUGCAGAAGAUAAAGAUUUUGAGAAACUGAAGCAGCUGUAUGACGAUAAUAACAAUUGGAAAUUAGAUUAUAACAAGCCUGAUUUAUCUGUUUGGACAAAAUCCGUCCCAGGAAUUAGUUUUAAAAUGGUGAAAAUUAGAACACGUUUCCCUGAUGUUUCACCAGAAACACUGUACGAUGUUCUACAUGACCCUGAGUAUAGAAAAAUUUGGGACACUCAUAUGAUUGAAUCAAAAGAUAUAGGGUUUUUUAAUCCAAACAAUGAUAUUGGAUAUUAUUCCAUGGCAUGUCCAUCUCCGUUAAAAAAUAGAGACUUUGUCCUUCAACGAUCUUGGCUGGAUACUGGUAUAGAACAGUUAAUAUUGAAUCAUUCUGUUUAUCAUAAAGAUUAUCCACCUAGAAAACACUUUAUACGAGCAACAUCUUACCUCACAG